CCGAGCGAUGACGUCAGAACUCCCGUGAAGGGACGGGGUCACUAUUAUACUGGUAGUUCCCGUAAAACUGCUUGAAGUUUGUCAACAACACGACUUAACAGUUCGUUUUGAGGAAAGAAAGGUUUCUCCAUAGUAGUCGGUCCUGUCAAGUACCUCCAAGAACUGAUAGUUGUUUUCUGGUGGUUUCCAAGGGCCGUCAGAAUGGCAGGCAGAAGACGGCCCCCCAGACUUCAGCCCAUCCGGAUGGAGCCACAACCACCAAGUCCAAAGCCACCAAAAAAUCUGGAUUCUGUUGCAACCAUUAGUGUUGGUGGGAAGGAGUUUACGUGCAAUGCAGAUGACCUGAAGCCCAUCUGUGAGCUGGGGAGGGGGGCGUACGGCAUCGUGGAGAAGAUGAGGCACGAGUCCAGCAAUACAGUCAUGGCUGUAAAGAGGAUUCCUGUCUCAGUCAACAGUAAAGAACAGAAACGGUUGCUGAUGGACCUGGACAUCUCCAUGCGCAGCUCAGACCACCCUUGCACAGUAGAGUUCUAUGGAGCUCUCUUUAGAGAAGGUGAUGUAUGGAUCUGUAUGGAAGUGAUGGACAUCUCACUCGACAAGUUCUACAAGAAAGUUUCCAGCCUGGACAAGACCAUCCCUGAGGAUGUCAUCGGCAAAAUAGCUGUGGCAGUGGUGGAUGCACUGUACUUUUUACAUGGUAGUUUAAAGGUCAUACACAGAGACAUAAAGCCCUCAAAUAUCUUGAUAGACAGAAAAGGCCGUGUGAAGAUCUGUGAUUUCGGCAUCAGCGGUUACCUGGUGGAUUCAGUGGCCAAGACUCUAGAUGCUGGGUGCAAGCCAUAUAUGGCGCCAGAGAGGAUAAACCCAGAUGUGAAUCAGAAGGGAUAUGAUGUCAGAUCAGACAUUUGGAGCUUAGGCAUCACACUGAUUGAGCUAGCCACAGGGAAGUUCCCGUAUGAGUCCUGGUUGACGCCGUUUGCCCAGCUGAAGCAGGUAGUGGAGGAGCCGUCCCCCAAACUGCCUGCUGACAAGUUCUCCCCAGAGUUUGUAGACUUCUGUGCGCAAUGCCUGAACAAGAACUGCAAAGAAAGGCCCAACUAUGCUGGUCUUGUGGAACAUGACUUCUACAAGAAGUACAAUGAGCAGACAGUUGAUGUUGCAGGUUUUGUCACAUCAAUACUCGGCCCCGACGGCGACCACUAGUCAAUAACAAGGAAGAAGGACCAACAUCUCAGUUUCUACAUGGUGCAGGUUCCCCCCCUUGUGGAGUGGACUCACCCAACUGCUGAUAUACUGAUUGUUAGAAUGUACAUGUACUUAACGUCUGUCACAGGGUGGUGUAGAUUUGUGACCAGAAAGUUGUAGCAGCUGUAAAAUUGCUGGAGAUGUUAGUACGGACGAGGCUCAGGACUGCAGUAUCUACUGCAGAUUUUACCAAGUUUAGACUCUUUUAUCAUUGUUUCAGAAUUCUCUUUGUCAUUUUAUCAAAACUCAAUAUUUCCAUGUUAUCAGCAGUCAUGGUGUAUCAUGCACUAAAUGUUAAAUGUUGUUCAGAUGAACAGGAUUAUGUGAAAGCUUUAAGAAGAGGCACAAGUUUAGGCCAUGCCAAUUUAAUUUGUUGGUUCUGUGAUUUAAGAAUAAUAAUUAUGUAAAGUGGAAGAUGAACAUAAAAACAGAGCAGGAGGACCAUGCCUCAGCAUACACAGUUUUAGGGAGUCAAUAUUGUCAGCUUCACGUUUUCCACACUGUUUUUGGUCUUUGUCUCUUACUUAAUGUUUACAAAUGGAUCUGCAAACCAAGAAAAUAAAUUAGUGUGGCCUGACAACUUGUGGCAGCUCAUAGUGAGAGAAGGAUUUUUGAUUAUACAGGGAAGGUGUAAGAACAUUCAGAUGUUAUUAGAAUGAUAUCCAUUAUGGAAUACAGUAUAUAUGAUACAUGUGUACCUGUCCUUGAUGUUCACAAUGCACACUAUGUUUGUUAACUGCUGUCCAUGUAGGUCAAGUCAGUCCCACACACAGGUGCACAUUAUUACACGUUACAAAAUUACAUUUGAACUUUUAGUCAUGAUCAUGUACAUGUAUGAAUGAGAAAAAAGUCAGGAGGAUGAGCUCCUUUUAUCAGGUAACCAUUGAUAGAUGUUAAGUACUUAAAUGUAUGUAGGCAGCAUUGCAAGAUUGGCACUUUUGUCUCCCAACUCCUUGCCAAAGAGACAUACAGAAGAAACUAGGCCUUAGAACUGAAGAAAUUAUAUUCACUGUACAUCUAUUCUUUCUGCUGGUGUAGUUAGAAUAAGUGUGUAUUACAUGGAUGUCUGCCAUAUUGUGAGACUCUGGUUGUAGCAUGUUUAAUGAAAAACGUAGGUGCUGUGGAUUCAAGAUUUUAUAUCAAACUUAAGCUGCCAACAUUAAAAGAAGUGGUUAUUCAAAGAACCCCUUAUUCAAUAUACAUGUAGAACAUUUAAUAUCUAUCACAAUGUUUCAGUGUUUAGUGUCCAGCGGGAGGCUCUAUCUAUUCUAUUAACAAAAUGAUAAAUGUGAAGAAUUUUAUUUCACUUGCUUUGGCUUGUACAAUGGGAUGCAAUUUUCAUUCAACAAGAUUAAAGGUUGUUGCAACCCACUUAUUUAG